ACCCUAAUUUCACAUUCUCUCUUCCCUGAUAAACUAAUUCAAUCGAUUAGGGUUUCAUUGAUUUUACUACCAGGUUUUAUUUAUCCACAAUUACAACCUGCAAUUAGUAAACAUAGUUGCAGCUCGGAAAUGCCGAAAGCUUAAAGUGCACCGAUGAUGGCGUUCCCAAGACAAGAGAGUCAUGUAACAAUUAGUCUUUCGUUGAGAUCGAAGAAGGAGAAGCGGGAGCUCCGACGGAAGCUUCAGAGCGAGCUUGAUUUGGUGAGGAAUUGGGUGAAGAAGAUUGAGUGGAAAGAUAGCAAGCUAAAUAGUGUUCUUGAUAGUCUAGGGGCAAAGUCAACUAAUUCAGAAGUUGCUUCCUUGGAUCAUCCCAGCGAGUCCAAAACUUCCAGACCCUUGCAACAGGGAUUUAGUGAUAAUACCGGAAAAGAAAAGAGGACGAAGGGCAACCUAUUGUAUCGAAACUCAGAGAGCAAGAAGAAAUUGAAAACGAAUGCACAUGAAGCUGGAUCUGGCAAGUUCUCGAAUCACACACUUAAGAACUGUGUUACUUUGCUUGAUAGACUAAUGAAACAUAAACAUGGUUGGGUUUUUAAUGAGCCAGUUGAUCCAAAGAAUCUAGGUUUGUCCGAUUAUUUUGACAUAAUUAAGUUCCCAAUGGAUUUAAGUACUGUGAAGACUAGGCUUAACACGAACUGGUAUAAAUCUCCAAGGGAGUUUGCUGAGGAUGUAAGACUUACUUUUAACAAUGCUUUGACCUACAAUCCCAAAGGACAAGACGUUCAUUUAAUGGCAGUGCAGCUAUCAGAGUUAUUUGAGAACAAGUGGGCUGUCAUAGAAGCCGAUUACAAGCGAGAAUUGAUGCUAGCAGCAGUUGACUCUGAAUCCAAAUCAAGAACGGCUCCACCACUUCAAUCACCUCUUCCUGAAAUGACAAGAACUCUCGAGAGGUCGGAAUCAACUACGGAUCUGAUUGAUCCCAAAUCCAAUCUCAAGAAUUUGAAUAUGAAACCUGCCACAAAGAAGUCUUCUAAGACCAAAUUUAUGAACAAGAGGGACAUGACAUACGAGGAAAAAGAGAAGCUAAGUACGAAUCUGCAAAAUUUACCAUCUGAAAAGCUAGACAAUGUCGUUCAGAUUAUCAAGAGGAGGGCUCCAUCUCUUUGCCAUAAUGAUGAUGAGAUAGAGGUUGAUAUCGAUAGUGUCGAUGCAGAAACUCUGUGGGAGCUUGAAAGGUUUGUGAACAACUACCAAAAGAGCCUGAGCAAGAACAAGAGAAAAGAUGUUCACUACAUUCAAUCUACAGAAGAAACGGAGCAGAAUGCCCACAAAAUGGUGCCUCCAGUGAUUCUUGUAGAGGAGUCAGAAGUAGCUAAAUUAGGUCAUGAAGAAAAACAGAGGGAGAAAGUAUGUAGAUUAAGUAGCAGUAGCAGUGAAUCUGAAUCAUCUUCAAGUGAUUCUGAUAGGCAAAGCUCCCCAGGAUAAUUCUCUGUUGUUUUUCAUUCACCAAGGAGCUGAUCAUGUUCAGGUAAUUAUGCAAUGACUGGCUGGCUGGCUUUUGCGGUUGUUUCUUCAUGUUGUUGUUACCAGAAGACCUAGUUAUUUAACCAAGUAAAUUGUUACUGAAUGUUUAUUGUGAUGACUGAUAAGUAUGUGGUGUGGCUCUUCCCUAGGAUGUGGAUAUGUCUUGUAUUUUAGGACAUGGACAAACAUUAAUCACUUUUGGUGAAUGUUUCCUGAAUAUCUAAUUUGUAUAUUUUGCUUAAAUUUAUUGGAGGAAUCAGCUUGAACAAGUUUAUUUAUUA